AUGCCAUCUUAUGCCAAAUUUCUUAAAGAGAAAAUGUCUAAUACAAAGAAACUCGAGGACAAUGAAACAAUGAUGCUUACUGCAGAAUGUAGUGAUAUUAUCCAAAACAAUAUGCCACCUAAGUUGAAAGACCCUGGUAGUUUCUCCAUACCUUGUGUAAUAGGAAAAUUCGUCAUAGACAAAGCACUCUGUGAUUUAGGAGCUAGUGUGAGUAUGCUAGAAAACAUUCCUGUUAGGAUAUGCCAAUUUUAUAUUCCCACAGAUUUCAUCAUAAUGGACAUUCAAGAAGACUUUAACAUUCCAAUCAUAUUAGGAAGACCUUUCUUAGCCACUGCUGGUGCUAUUAUCGAUGUGAAACGAGGGAAACUGACUUUCAAAGUCGGAGAAGAAAAAAUUGAAUUCAUCCUCUCUUAA